GAAAAGAGCAGCAGCGACGCGCAGAAAAGGGUAGUAAAAUAUCUCUCGCCACACGCCCACACCCCGGGACCGCGACCUCCCCGCCGAGCUCUCAUCUUCCUCUCCGUCGCCGAUGGCAUCUCAGAGCUCCACGCCCGCGGAGACCGCCACGCUUUCGCCGGUGGCUGCAGACACCGGAGAGGCGGCUCCGAGCCCCGCUUCCUCAACGCCGGCACAAAACCCUAUUGCUGCCGCGACCGCGGCGGCCGGGGCCACGGAUCUGGAGAAGAAGAUGCGCCGCGCGGAGCGGUUCGGGACGCAGGUGGUGAUGUCUGAGGAGGAGAAGCGCAGCAGCCGCGCCGAGAGAUUUGGUACUGGGUCUUCAAAUGUAAAGGAGGAAGAAAAGAAGAAGUCCAGGGCUGAGAGGUUUGGUCUUGCCUCGCCCUCAUCUGAUGAAGAGGCUAAGAAAAAAGCCCGUUUAGAACGAUUUGGUCAGGGUACAAAUGUUGACAAGGCAGAAGAAGAAAAAAGAAAGGCGCGAGCUGCCAGGUUUGCAGAAACAUCCAGUGAAUCGACUCGGGAAAAUGGCAAGGGCAACUCCAAGCCGCAGGACGCAGCCACUGUCACAGGCACAGCAUGAUCGAAGCACUCUGCCUUCGAUGAGGUCUCAGAUAUUAUCCUUGGAGACUUUGGUGAAGCCAUAGUUUGUACACCACUAACUGCAUGAACGGGGCGUCAUGUGUUUCCCAGUCCCGACCAUCUUAGAGAUGUUUGCUUUGUAUGACUCUACUUACGGUGCUUAGCUGGGCAGUGUAGCUAAUUUGCUGCCUGGUUUAUGGAUGGUGGUCAUGUACCUUCUGUUUUCCUCUAAUUUAGCGACGAUGGUUUCGUUUCCGUGUACUCUAGUUGGUGUUGUCAACU